UGGUCCUACUUGCGGUCGGCCCGGUCCUCCCGGUUCUCCGGGUCCCUCUCUGCAGACAUGGUGGAUUUGUCGGAGGGCGGUGCAGGGUCGCCCGGAGCCCGCAGACACGCUCUGGGAUCCGUAAACAACGGCAGGAAGACGGCCAGGAAGUCCCGGAGCAGACGAGGGAAGCGAGGCAGGAAGAGGAAACACAAGAAGAACCCCAGGAACAGCAGAACCUCUCCACCGUUCCUGCCCCCGGAGGCUGAAGAGGGGAACAUUGAAUAUAAGCUGAAGCUGGUCAACCCCACCCAGUACCGCUUCGAGCACCUGGCCACGCAGCUGAAGUGGCGUCUGCAGGAGGGCCGCGGCGAGGCCGUGUACCAGAUCGGGGUGGAGGACAACGGUCUGCUGGUGGGACUGACGGACGGAGACAUGAAGGCCUCGCUCAGGACGCUCCGCAGGAUGGCCGAGAAAGUUGGAGCUGACAUCACGCUGCUCAGAGAGAGGGAGGUGGACUUCGACUCGGACAGAAACACCCGCAAGAUCGCAGAAGUCCUGGUUCGAAAAGUUCCUGACGACCAGCAGUUCCUGGACCUGCGGGUGGCCGUGCUGGGAAACGUGGAUUCGGGCAAGUCCACCCUGCUCGGCGUCCUGACCCAGGGCGAACUGGACAACGGGCGCGGCCGGGCGAGACUCAACCUCUUCAGACAUCUGCACGAGAUCCAGACCGGACGCACGUCCAGCAUCAGCUUCGAGAUCCUGGGCUUCAACAGCAAGGGAGAGGUGGUGAACUACAGCGAGUCCCGGACGGCGGAGCAGAUCUGUGAGAGCUCCUCCAAGAUGAUCACCUUCAUAGACCUGGCCGGGCACCACAAGUACCUGAAGACCACCAUCUUCGGCCUCACCAGCUACUGCCCCGACUUCGCCAUGCUGGUGGUGAGCGCCAACACGGGCAUCGCCGGGACGACCCGGGAGCACCUGGGCCUGGCCAUGGCCCUGAAGGUUCCCAUCUUCAUCGCGGUCAGUAAAGUGGACCUGUGCUCCGGCGGCACGGUGGAGCGCACGGUGCGGCAGCUGGAGCGAGUCCUGAAGCAGCCGGGCUGCAACAAGGUCCCCCUGCGGGUGGUCAGCGCCGACGACGCCGUGAGCGCCGCGCAGCAGUUCACCCAGUCCGCAUGUGUCACUCCCAUCUUCACGCUGUCCAGCGUGUCUGGACAGAGUCUGGAGCUGCUGAAGGUCUUCCUGAACGUCCUGCCUCCUCUGGGGAACAGCAAGGAGCAGGAGGAGCUGAUGCAGCAGCUCACAGAGUUCCAGGUGGAUGAGAUCUACUCGGUUCCAGAUGUGGGUACUGUGGUGGGAGGAACUCUGUACAGUGGCGUGUGCAGAGAGGGCGAGCGGCUGGUGGUGGGUCCCACCGACGAGGGUCGCUUCCUGCGCCUGAAGGUGGGCAGCAUCCAGAGGAACCGCUCGGCCUGCAGGGUGCUGCGGGCCGGCCAGGCCGCCACGCUGGCUCUGGGGAGCUUCGACCGCUCGCUGCUGCGCAAGGGCAUGGUGAUGGUCAGUCCCAGGAUGAACCCCACCAUCUGCUGUCAAUUCGAGGCUGCCAUCGUGCUGCUCUUCCACGCCAAGACGUUCCGGCGGGGGUCACAGGUCACGGUGCACGUGGGCAACGUGAGGCAGACGGCCACGGUGGAGUCUCUGCACGGGAAGGACGAGCUGCGAACCGGUGAGCGGGCAGUGGUUCGAUUCCGCUUCAUUAAGCAUCCUGAGUACCUGCGUGUGGGGGCCAAGCUGCUCUUCAGGGAGGGGGUCACCAAAGGCAUCGGCCACGUGACGCGCCUGCUGCCCCCCUCCCAGAACCAGAACCAGAACCAGAACCUGAACCACAACCUGCAGGACAACUGAAGCCUAGGCAGUGGACAGAUGAUCUGCUUCUGCUCCGUCCCUCCAUCUCUGUCCCGGUGUGCUUCAUCUUCAUCCUCCUCCUCCACCUGAGGGUCCUGUCUCGAGUCGACGCUGGAUGACCUCUGGAUGACCUCUGCCGGCCAAGCUGGGACAAUGAAUGUGAUGCUGGCCCACAGGUGGGCGGACGGCAGGUGGUUUUUGGGAGACGGGUCACUGGAGACGCUCUGAGGCUGUCCCUGUCCAGUCCUCGGUCUUCACGCCGGCGUCUUGCUGGU